UCUUGGAAGACCAUGCAAUUAAAUAUCAGUAUAUCACGCACAACUGAAGUACCUACUGCGUAGUGGUGACUUUUGGCGAGGCCCUAGUGCCGUGUCUGAGAGGGAUCGUGGGCGUUGGGCAGAUAGUGCACCUGUCACCGCACGCACAGAACGCGAGACGCGACGCGCGCAGAAUACGACUGCGAUUCGAUGGAGUUGGCCGUGGCGAAUGUGACAGCAUCGUCAUCGCUCACCACAACAGUGCUUCCGGUCCCGUCCGUCGUCCGUUUACCGAGUACCGGCGUACAGAUAGCCUUUACCGGGUUGUCCGUGUUCGGCAUAUUCGGUAAUCUGCUGGCGCUUUUCAUAUUGCACCGGACCCGAUCAAGCAGGAAUAAGAAACAUGUCUUCAUGUUGCGGUGCCUAACCAUCAACGAUUUCAUUGUGCUCGUCGGCAGGGUGGUCCAUAUGUUCGUGAAUAUCAGAUGGCCGGACUCCAAAAAGACUAUGUGGUCGUGCCGGAUUAGCGUCCUGUGGCGGUUCUUUGGGCUGAAUUCUGGGUGCGUGGCUCUCGUAAUGGCUGUCGAACGCUGGACGGCGCUUACCAAACCGUUUUUUUACAAAAAGUACAUAAGUCUACAUUUACUUAAAGGAAUGAUGGCCAUACUUUGUUUAGAAGUACUGUGUUUCAUGUGCGCUCCAUACUUUGGAUUUGGAUAUGGUCGCUAUUGGGAUGAGAAAUCGUCAACGUGUGUGAGUUAUAAAAAUGCCAAAAAGCCUUUGGACGUACUACACGUUUACGUAUAUUUAGGUCACGGCGUAUUUUUAUGCUUUGCAAUAGUCUACACGAACUUAGCCGUUAUGAAAGCUCUGUGCAUGAAGAAUAGUCCUAACAAACAGCAUACCGUGACAAUAAGACGCACCAACCAAGAAUUGUCAUUGGCUUGCAACGAGGCUACCAAAGAAGAAAGAGCAUUCGGCUGGCUGAUGUUUUUACUGUGCGUCACGUUUGUCACUUGUUGGGUCCCACAAAUGAUAUCGAUACCGUUAUCCAGGUUCAUCGAGGAUGAUUUAAAGAUUCGGCCGUUUAUCAUCACCACAGACAUGCUGUUAGUUAUACAUUUUGCGCUUAACCCGUAUCUGUACGUCCUCCAAAAUUGGAAGUUACUAAAGACUAUUUUCUACUUGCGGCCGAAGAUCAGGAAGAAUGCCAACGGUAGCAUCGUGAGCGUAAGUCUUAGCAGUUCCAUGAAAACAACGGAGGAAGUAUUAUCAGAUGUUCCGCUCUGAUUACGAUAUACGAGGCCUGAAGUCUGUUGUUGCAUGCAUAUAUUUGAGCAUAUAACUGCAUAAUAAUAUACAAUUGUAAUAUGUAUAUAUGUAUAUAUAUAUAUAUAUAUACACUCAUAUGUAUUAAGAUAAUAUUAUAUUAGUAUUUUUCAUUUUGGAAAAUAACCAG